CUCUCCACUUUGCCUCCCCGGCUCGCAUUCGCAACCCCUCCCGGCCUCCAGAUCUCGAUGCGGCGCCCCCGCUCCCCUGACACCCGACCACGCCACGCCACCAUGUCCGCCUGCGACGACGACCACGCCUCGCUCCUCAGAUCCCACGCGCCGUCGCCGCCCUGCCCCUCGCCGCGCGGGGCCGGGCCGCAGCAGCACCACCACGCCGACGUCGAGGCGGACGAGGCCACCGUCACCGCCUCUCCGAGGCGCGCCAGCGGCGGCGGCGGCGUGCGCGGCCUCCUGCGCCACCUCGAGCGCCGCAUGUCAGCGCGCGGAUCCGGAGCCGGGCGACGCCAGCACCAGCACGGCUACCAGCAGCUCGACUGCUCCGUGGUGGUCGAGCAGCCGUCGCAGCGGCAGCGGGAGAGGGCGGAGGCGGGGGAGGACGACGAGCUCGGGGACGGCGCGCCGCCCGAGUGGGCGCUGCUGCUCAUCGGUUGCCUCCUCGGUCUCGCCACCGGCAUCUGCGUCGCCGCGUUCAACCGCGGGGUUCAUGUCAUCCAUGAAUGGGCAUGGGCAGGUACUCCAAACGAAGGUGCAGCAUGGCUCCGCCUGCAGAGGCUUGCAGAUACCUGGCACAGGAUACUGCUGAUCCCGGUGACCGGAGGUGUGGUUGUAGGAAUGAUGCAUGGGUUACUCGAGAUAUUUGAGCAGCUACAACUUGUGAAAUCAGGGCAGAGGCAAGGAAUCAACUUUCUUGGAGCCAUCUUCCCAACCGUAAAGGCUGUCCAGGCUGCUGUUACUCUAGGGACUGGUUGUUCGUUGGGGCCUGAAGGUCCUAGUGUGGAUAUUGGCAAGUCGUGCGCUAAUGCAUGCUCAGAAAUGAUGGAGAAUAACCGGGAAAGACGGAUUGCCCUUGUUGCUGCUGGUGCUGCUGCUGGAAUAGCUUCAGGCUUCAAUGCAGCAGUUGCUGGGUGCUUCUUUGCCAUUGAAACUGUAUUGAGGCCCCUUAAAGCAGAAAAUUCACCUCCAUUUACGACUGCAAUGAUAAUAUUGGCAUCUGUUGUAUCAUCUACUGUAUCAAAUGUUUUGCUUGGAGCAAGACCAGCUUUUAUAGUGCCAGCAUAUGAGCUAAAAUCUGCUGCCGAGUUACCCCUGUAUCUCAUCUUAGGAAUGCUCUGUGGAGUGGUCAGUGUGGUAUUUGACCGACUGGUAGCAUGGUUUUCAAGGUUAUUUGGGCGCAUAAAGGAAAAGUUUAAUUUCCCUAUUAUAGUGUACCCUGCUUUGGGUGGGCUGGGAGCAGGCCUCAUAGCUCUGAAAUAUCCAGGGAUUUUAUACUGGGGUUUCACAAAUGUUGAAGAAAUAUUGCAUACUGGAAAAAGUGCUUCUGCUCCUGGUAUAUGGUUGUUAACUCAACUCGCAGCUGCAAAGGUGGUUGCAACUGCCCUCUGCAAGGGCUCUGGCCUCGUGGGAGGGCUAUAUGCUCCUAGCCUGAUGAUUGGGGCUGCUGUUGGAGCUGUAUUUGGAGGAUCAGCUGCUUAUUUAAUAAAUUCAGCUAUACCUGGUAAUGCUGCUGUUGCACAGCCACAAGCUUAUGCUCUGGUUGGAAUGGCUGCUACACUAGCUUCAGUCUGUUCAGUCCCAUUGACUUCAGUGUUGCUUCUCUUCGAGCUGACAAAGGAUUACAGGAUUUUGCUUCCUCUCAUGGGAGCAGUUGGGUUGGCAAUAUGGGUUCCUUCUGUAGUAAAUCAACCAAAUGACAGUGAGCCUUCUGGUUUUAGAACACCCAGACGAGGUUAUUCUUCAAUUUCAUCAGAAGACAGAAAUGGUAGCUCGAAGCGAGCUGAUGGUGCGGAUGACCUUGAGCUCAGUAUUAUACAAAGUGAUGUUAAUAAUUAUGGAACUUAUAAUGAAGAAAUGCUUCUGGAUGAUUUGAAGGUCUCCCAGGCCAUGUCAAGGAUUUAUGUCAAAGUGUUACCAUCUGCAACAGUAACAGAAGCUUUUCAGCUAUUGCAUGACAAUCAGCAAAAUUGUGCCCUUGUUGUGGACACUGAAGAUUUCCUUGAAGGAAUUAUUACAUUAGGGGAUAUUAGGCGCAUGGGAUUUGAAUUACAUGGGGAAAGCUUCAUUGAUGGAGACUGCCCCAAGACUGAUAACUCACCCUCCAUUUCAUCAUGUGUUACUCGAGGUUUCCAGUACCGGGGGAGUGAACGCGGAUUGUUAACAUGCUUUCCAGAUACUGAUUUGACCACUGCGAAAAAUCUUAUGGAGGCCAAAGGGAUAAAGCAGCUGCCUGUAGUUAAGCGUGGUGUUGGCCAUAGAACUGCAGGAAAGCGCAAGCCGAUUGCCCUUCUACAUUAUGAUUCUAUUGGUUGCUGCUUGCGGGAGGAAGUCGAGAACUGGAAGACCAUAUGCCAAAGAAUGGCUUGUUAAUAACACAACUCUGAUGAUAUUUAUUCAUUCGAUUGUCAAGGGAGGAAACUGUGAACUGAAUACCAUAUGUCAGAGAAAAGAAAUGACCCCCCUUUUAUAGCAAAUGGGCACUGAAAAAUUACAGUGCCCUAUUAUACCACAGCAGUAAGUGACUACUUCUAGAGUUCUAGACAUCUCAGUUUAAUGCAGAUAUGCAUAGUAAUACACCAGCAGUUUAACUUGUAUCGUUUAGAUGCCACUGUAAUCUUAUGGGAAGCUGCACAGGCAAAGCCUGACAAAUUUUGCAAAGACUCCCUGUUACAGCCAGUGUCUUGUGGUAUCCCUGCCCGUACCAAUUAUUUGUUCUUGUUACGGGUGGACUUUGUACUUCACACGGGAGAAGGAUGAGGUAUGGGUGUAGAGUAAGAAGACGGUACUUUUCACCCUCGUACUGCUGUAAAUUGUAAGCUGCACCUGUAUUACAGCUUGAUCACACCUUUUUUUUGUCCGUGAACUAUCAUAUGCUGUAGUAUGGCGACACGAGAAACUGCUUGUGCAGUAGAAUCUCGUCGCCGCUGUUGUAAGCUGAAAAACCACAUUUUGUAUAAUUUACCGUCAUCUUGUUUAUCUCCUCUGAUGAGUGAUGAACCUCUUGCGAA